UAGAAUUUUUACACUUUCAUCUUUCAGGCCAGCAUGGAAAGGGUUAAAGCUAUGAAAUCCAGUAACCCAAGGUAGAUACAUAAAUAAUAUUCAAAGCUAAGUCAUAUGUACUACUGAUAAAAAAAAAUAAAAUUUCACAAAGUAUGACCAUUUGCUUGUAUUUUGUUUAGGUUCAUUCUCAGAAACUACAUUGCACAAAAUGCCAUUUCUGCAGCAGAAAAAGGAGACUUUUCAGAGGUAAUUUAUAGCAACAACAACAAAAUUUAUUAUUAUUUUAGUUCAUAAUAAAUUACAGAGAAGCUCCAGCCACAAAUAUAGUUAUGAACUAAUCUAGGUGGCUGAGGAAAAAGGAAACAGAAAGGGUGGAAUAUACUACAACUCUAAUUGUAGCAAUAACAGCCAACUAAGGGAAUGCGUCCAAAUAUCCCGUCAGUUAUCCAGAAAUGUUAUCCAGUUAUCCAGACCCAGUUAUCGGAAAUGUACCCAGUUAAUUUUCUAAUGGUUCAAAAUCGGUACCGGUUUGUGGCCUCUGUCACCGUUUCUGAUAUUAAGCAUACUAAAGCAGUAUCUUAAAAUAAACUAUAUUAUUAUAUAAAUAGACAGAACUAAAGACCGUUACUUCGUUUCAAUUAUUAGGUAAAUGUAAGUGUCCGUUAGCACAAAUUGUUGAAGAUAAGACAUAUUUUUGAUAUUUUAACAUAGUCGUCAGCAUUCAAAAGGAUUCUGAGAAUAGUUUCCUCUCUAUGUCUAAUCUAUUGGCUUGCUCCUUUUUUUGAUGCUCAUAUUUCACUAUUUCAGGUUCAGCAACUCCUAAAGCUACUUGAAAAUCCUUACAGUGACAACUUAGAGUUGGAACCAAAGGAGAGUAGAGCUGCAGAAGCAAGCUGCAGUUUUGAAGAACUUCAGUUCACUUACGACUGUAAGCCACCAGGCUGGUCUCAGGAGUUAAGGGUCACAUGAUCAUCGUAAACUCGCUUACCCCUUUCAAUGAAUGAGCACUUUGUAGGACCACAAAUGCCAUAUUGUAUAUAAAUUUUUGGUUCCUAUGCAUGGCUGCCAGGAUAUUUUAGGCUAGAAUCAGAGAUGUUCCUCUCUAAGAUCUAUACUUCCCCUUGGGGUUUGACUGCCAGCUUCAUAGAUUUCCAUUUCCAUUUGAGACUGGAGGAUAGUUAAACUCAUUUACAUCAAACUACAGAUGGAGCACUAGAUUAAUAGGGUGCUGAUAUUAACGAGG